CGCCGCUCCGUGCCUCCCGCCCUCCCGGCCGCGGUCCUGUGGGGGUCCUCGCGCCCGCCAACCCUCAGUGUUUCGCGGGUCCGCUUCGCGCUCAGCUGCUCCUCGCGUCUCGGGUCCCGGCCCGCGGCCGCUCCUCCGAGGAUUAAACUUGAACAUGUGGAAUUGCUCACCCUGAAGAAAGUUUAGCAGAUGAGGCAGAUACCUGUCUCAGGUGGUCCAAAUGUCACCAUCUUGUUCUUGUGAGUGGCCACAGAUGUCUUCAAUUCCAAAAACCUGGCCGUGCAGGCACAGAAGAAGAUCCUGGGCAAAAUGGCGUCCAAAUCCAUCGCCACCACCUUGAUUGAUGACACAAGCAGUGAGGUGCUGGAUGAGCUCUACAGAGUGACCAAGGAGUAUACCCAGAACAAAAAGGAGGCGGAGAGGGUCAUCAAACACCUCAUCAAGACAGUCAUCAAGCUGGCCAUUCUGUACAGAAACAGCCAGUUUAACCAGGAGGAGCUUGCACUGAUGGAGAAGUUCAAGAAGAAGGUUCACCAACUUGCCAUGACCGUGGUCAGUUUCCACCAGGUGGAGUACACCUUCGACCGGAAUGUGUUGUCCAAGCUGCUAAAUGAAUGCAGAGAGAUGCUCCACCAGAUCAUCCAGCGGCACCUCACCGCCAAGUCACAUGGACGGGUCAAUAACGUCUUUGAUCAUUUUUCAGAUUGUGAAUUUUUGGCUGCUCUGUAUAAUCCCUUUGGAAAUUUUAAACCUCACUUACAAAAACUUUGUGAUGGCAUCAACAAAAUGUUGGAUGAAGAGAACAUAUGAGCCAGUGAAUUAAGACCGUGACUGUGAUUUGUUUGAAGAUGGGACACUGCUAAUUCAUGAAGGAAUAAAGAGUUCUAAAGAUCACACAUAUUUCAGGAUUGCCCAAUUUAACUGUCAGGCAUUAAUAGUAGUGCUUUUUAUGAGGCUUGUUUGAUUUGAAGAAAAACAUUGCCAAAAGUUCUGGAUAGUAGUUUCUUAAUACGUACCAGAUCAUGGGAAAAUAUGAAUGCAAAUGUAGAGUUACACAAAGAAGAGUGAGGGUGGCUUCAAACUCUGACUUUUUUUAAAGCGCAAUUGUUGUGUUGGUGGCUAAUAUGUACAAGGCUACACAUUCUUUUUUGUUCCUUACUAGCUAUAUGUACCUUUUUUCCAAAGCCAGUAGCUUUUUCUUGCUAUUAUUGCUUGUUUUGAAACAGUUCUAUAUUCAAGUUUACCCUUGAUUAUUUUGUUAAAUGCUGUGUCAUUGACAUUUAAGAAUUACAUCUGAGGCAGUCACACUGAACCUCAGAAAACUGUGUAUUCUGAAAUCAAAACUGUGGAAAUAAAUAAUACUAGACAUUAUGAACAUGUCCAAUAUAAUAAUGAGUGUUACUUUGCAUUACCAACAGUGAUGCUUAAAUUCUCAAACUGUAACAGUGUCUCAUUGCCUUGCAAUGCUUGCCUUAGGGCUUGCUUUGCUAUCAUCCUGAAAAUGUGCCACGUAAAUCUCCAAGUUAACCUCUCUUUCGUGUGUAAGAGACAAGAGAGAAAAUCUAGAUUAGUCUGAUAUGGGCAUAACAGAAAGCAAGUAGAAUUAAGAAACCUUUGUUUCAGAGAUGGACUCAUUAAAAGAAUUCAGGUGAUUGAAGGACAAAGGGGAAGAAAAGAUACUGCUAAAGAACAUGCCCAUAAAGAUGAAUACAUUUCAGUGUUUUGAAAGGUUUGAUAAAUAAUGCCACUUUUUAUUUAACUGAUAAGGUUUUGGUAUUUCAUUAAGUGCUAUUUGAUAAGUAAACCAAAGAAUAUUUGCAUUUUAA